AUGGAAUCAAGCGACAAUAAAAAGUUCUCUGUGGCAGAAGACGAGACUGGGAAAGGCUGCACAUUUGCAUUCACAGGAGAAGGCCACACAAUAGGAAACGCCCUGCGAUAUCUUCUAAUUAAAAACCAAGAUGUCGAGUUCUGUGGCUACAGUGUUCCUCAUCCAGCAGAACCUGUAAUGAAUAUCCGUCUUCAAACCUACAAAAACCCUCCAUUAGAAACCCUAGAAGCUUCCCUUAACCAGUUAACCUCCGUGUGUGAUUUACUUCUAUCUAAGCUUGACAGCAAAAAUAUCUAA